CUUGCAGUAAAGGUGCUGGCUCUUCCGCGGGGUGUAAGCUGGUACCAGAGAGGCUGCAAGUCUCUCUUGUCUGGGUGUGUGAGGCUGGACUGAACUGAACCCAGAGGUAAGACGCAGCAGCUGUCAUGUCUCGAGGGAUCCUUUCUCCACCUGCGGGCUUGCUCUCUGAUGAGGAUGUUGUUGUCUCGCCCAUGUUUGAAUCCACAGCCGCAGAUCUGCGGUCUGGGAUGCACAAAGAGCUGCUCUCAGACUCCUCUGACAUCUUCACCUCCCUGGAGGACAGGCAACAGGUUCCUUGUGAGAACAGUACAGAGAAGGUAAAAGUGUACCUGAGGGUCAGGCCCUUGUUACCUUCAGAACUGGACCGACAUGAGGAUCAGGGUUGUGUCUGUAUUGAGAAUAUGGAGACUCUUGUUCUACAAGCACCUAAAGACUCAUUUGCCCAGAAGAGCAAUGAACGGGGCAUUGGCCAAGCCACCCAUAAGUUCACUUUUUCUCAGAUCUUUGGGCCAGAAGUGGGACAGGCAUCCUUCUUCAAUCUGACUGUGAAGGAGAUGGUAAAAGAUGUGCUUAAAGGACAGAACUGGCUCAUCUAUACAUAUGGAGUCACCAACUCAGGGAAAACCCAUACAAUUCAAGGUACCACCAAGGAUGGAGGAAUCCUGCCCCGGUCCCUGGCUCUGAUUUUUAACAGCCUCCGAGGCCAGCUUCACCCAACAGCUGAUCUGAAGCCCUUGCUUUCCAAUGAGGUGGUCUGGCUAGACAGCAAGCAGAUUCGACAAGAGGAAAUGAAGAAGCUAUCUCUGCUAAAUGGAACCUUCCAAGAGGAGGAGCUGUCUACCUCCUUGAAGAGGAGUGUCUACAUUGAAAAUCGGAUGGGGUCAAGCACCAGCUUUGACAGUGGCAUUGCUGGGUUCUCUUCCACCACACAGUUUACCAGCAGUAGCCAGCUGGAGGAAACGAGUCACCAAUGGGCACAGCCAGACACUGCUCCAGUAAGUGUCCCAUCAGACAUGCGCUUCUCCAUCUGGAUCUCCUUCUUUGAGAUAUACAAUGAACUACUCUAUGACCUGUUAGAACCACCUAGCCAGCAUCGGAAGAGACAGACCCUACGUCUGUGUGAGGAUCAAAAUGGCAAUCCCUAUGUGAAAGAUCUCAAUUGGAUUCAUGUUCAAGAUGCUGAGGAAGCUUGGAAACUGCUGAAAGUGGGUCGUAAGAACCAGAGCUUUGCCAGCACCCACCUGAACCAGAACUCUAGUCGUAGCCACAGCAUCUUCUCAAUUCGGAUUCUGCACCUUCAGGGCGAAGGGGAUAUAGUCCCCAAGAUUAGCGAACUGUCACUCUGUGAUCUGGCUGGCUCAGAGCGCUGCAAAGAUCAAAAGAGUGGUGAACGGCUGAAGGAAGCAGGAAACAUUAACACUUCUCUGCAUACCCUGGGCCGAUGUAUUGCUGCCCUUCGCCAAAACCAGCAGAGCCGAGCAAAGCAGAACUUGGUUCCCUUCCGAGACAGCAAGUUGACUCGAGUGUUCCAAGGCUUCUUCACAGGCCGAGGCCGCUCCUGCAUGAUUGUCAAUGUGAAUCCAUGUGCCUCAACCUAUGAUGAAACUCUUCAUGUGGCCAAGUUUUCUGCUAUUGCCAGUCAGCUUGUACAUGCCCCACCUGUGCAAGUGGGAUUCUCAUCGCUGCAUUCAUUCAUCAGAGAACACAGUCUUCAGGCUUCCCCUGGUAUACAGAAAGGGAGUAAGACAGAUCCAGGCCUGGAUGACCAGACUGAAAAUGAAGUUGACAUUUCCCUUUAUACCAAGGAGGAGCUCCUACAGGUAGUGGAAGCCAUGAAAACAUUGCUUUUUAAAGAACGACAGGAAAAGGUGCAGCUGGAGAUGCAGCUCCGGGAUGAAAUUUGCAAUGAGAUGGUGGAGCAGAUGCAGCGACGAGAGCAGUGGUGCAGCGAACAUUUGGACACCCAAAAGGAACUAUUGGAGGAAAUGUAUGAAGAAAAGCUAAAGAUUCUCAAGGAGUCUCUGACAAGUUUUUACCAAGACGAGAUUCAGGAACAGGAUGAAAAGAUUGAAGAGCUAAAAGCUCUCUUGCAGGAAGCCAGACAGCAGUCUGUGCCCUAUCAACAGUCAGGGUCUGAAACGUCUCUGCGGCGGUCACAAAGGUUGGCAACUUCUGCCUCCACUCAGCAGCUCCAGGACGUUAAAGAUAAACUAGAACAAUGCAAAGCAGAGCUAUCCUCCACCACUGAAGAGCUACGGAAGUAUCAGAAAAUGUUAGAACCACCUCCUUCAGCCAAGCCAUUCACCUCUGAUGUGGACAAGAAGUUAGAAGAGGGCCAGAAGAAUGUAAGGCUGCUUCGGGCAGAACUUCAGAAACUCGGAGAGUCUCUUCAAUCAGCAGAAAGGGCCUGUUGCCACAGCACUGGGGCAGGAAAACUUCGUCAGGCUUUGACUACUUGUGAUGACAUCUUAAUCAAACAGGACCAGACCCUGGCUGAGCUGCAGAAUAACAUGAUGUUAGUGAAACUGGACCUUCGGAAGAAAGCAGCAUGCAUCGCUGAACAGUAUCAUACAGUGUUGAAGCUCCAAAGCCAGUCUUCUGCCAAAAAACGCCUGGGUACCAACCAGGAAAACCAGCAACCAAACCAGCAACCCCCAGGGAAGAAACCAUUCCUUCGAAACUUACUUCCUCGAACACCCACCUGUCAAAGUUCAACAGACUGCAGCCCUUAUACCCGAAUCUUGCGCUCACGGAGGUCUCCUUUACUCAAAUCAGGACCUUUCAGCAAAAAAUACUAAUUGUGGCCAAGGAG